AUGUCUCAAUCACACUUCGAAAGCAACAUCGCCACCAAGCACCUGAAAAAUAAACUCAGGGCGGUACAAGCAAAGAACGCCCCAAACAAGCCAAAAUGGGUCGAUUCGAACCUGAAUCAGCAGCCAGUGUCGACCAAAGGACCUCGGCCGAUGCAGCUCGUUGAGAAAUACAACAAGGACAAACGCGGCUCUUCGUCCAUCCAAAAUACCCCAAAAACCAAAGAGACAAGCGCUCAGAUGCCCGAGAUCACCGCCACACACCCGCAUUGCAGCGGCGCCAUCCAGAACGACUUGCCGAUCCAAAUGGUGGACGCUGAGAAUGGCCAGCAGCUCCCAGACUCCUCUCAUCGCCACGCCCCCGAGCAUCUCCAUGUUCAUGAGGUCACAGGUGCUGAUCGGAUGAACGGUCAAGUUGGGCAGCAAGCCAAUAAUGGAGAACUACCGCCGAUCAAGACAUUCUGGGAGAAGGUCGAGUCUGCCUUGUACCUUUACCAGCUGCGAACUCAUGGUGACAACGAGAGGCACGCCGUAUACCGUGCUAGGGCCAAGAGUUUCUCCAUGUACAAAGCGUUGUGCGUCCUUGUCUCCUUUUCAUGCAGCCUGCUAUUUUCUGUUGCUAUAUUUGCCGCCAGAGACCACGUUCAGCCUCCCUUGAAUCUUCCCUUCAUGUUCGUUUGGAUCAGUAUUAGUGGUAUCGCAGUGCUCUGGGCCAUAGUGGCCAUCAUUAUGAUCCAGUGGUCCAAGAAAGGGCUCAAACACGACUUGGAGGUUGCUCGGAUAGGAGACGCUUUUAAUGCCACCACUGUUGGUGAUGGUGGUUCAGAAGGAUGCUUCGUGAACGGCGUGCGUUAUGAGGGCGAGCAGCCUCCCAAGCCAGACUCUAUCGCGGAUGAAGCACAUCAACCAGCAAACGGUCAAGAAGCCCCGAAGGCUUCUGCUUCUGGUACGCACCCAAGCCUCGAUGUCAUCCGUGAAUCGAAAGGUAACUGGGCUACCAGCACCAAGAAAGAAUUAUCCAAAUUGUCUGGAACACCAGAGUAG